UGCCCGGCAAAGUGAAAAGUUCAAAGACUCCCGCGGUUCCGCCGGCUUUUGGAUCGGUCGUCUAUAUUCCGCGUGUGUGCGACUUGAAAGUUUUCCAAAACAAACUGUGAGCGUGGUGAAGGAAGAUGUUGCCGCUGCAGGAGCAAGUGCAGCAGCAGGAGUCGCCGGCACAGUCCCUGACAUGGCAGCUGGAGGACUAUGCUUACUUCCGGAAGUGCGGGGAAAUCACCGCCUCGCCGGACGUCCAGUGUUUUGGGUUCAACUGCGCCUUCUGCCCGUCCAUUUGCCUGCAGUUCUCCGUGUUCAUGGACCAUAUUCGCCUCCAGCACACCCAGGACGUGAGGCGGCGCUACGAAGGCGCCCAGGAGAAGGUAGAGAAAACCACUCAAACGGACCUGGUCAUCAUGGAGAUGGACUGUCCGGAAAUGUAUCCCGUGGAAGCGGUGAAGAAAUCCAAUUGGCAACCCGUGCAAACGGAAGCCAUUGACAUGGACAUACAGCUGAUGAGUCUCGUCCAGCAGACCCCCGCACUGCCGCCGCUGGAAAGUCAAACAACAGCAAUCGCGCCCGAAAUAGACCUGGUGUACGUGGUAGAAAAUCCGUUGCCACCCUCGCCGCCACCAUCGGCGGACAUAUCGGGCGAUGAGCUGACGACCACCGAGGGUUGCCUGGGCCUGCAGGCGGCAGACCUGGAUCCAUUUGCCGUGCUGCACGAGGUGGUUAUGACUCCGCCCACACCCACCCACUCUGGUUCGAUUCCGGCCGCCGCAGAGACGCCCCCCGCCUCAGCAAUGGUGCUACCGACUCCAAUGCCGCGCUACGAGACACGACGCGUGGCACUGCAGCGUAAGCUUCGUCAAGCGAAAAACGAGAAUCCAUUGGAGCUGGAACUGGAGGAAUUGGAGGAGCUGGAGGAGGAAGAGAUGGAGGUAGAGGAGCAGCCGGAAAAGAAUGUGCUGGAACUAACGCCACCGGCAACACCCCCAACCCCAGCACCGCCCACCUCGCCCACCAGCAGCAUAGCCAGUAGCUUGGAUUUCCAAUCGAGAACACGCCGUGAGCUGGAGAGGAACCGCGACUUUGUCAGUUCUCUACUGAAGGAAUACGAACGUAUGGAUAAGCUCUGGAAUCCCCGACAUCCCGACUACAAGUACAAUGCCAAGAGGAGUGUCUAUGGCGAGCUGGCUGCCCCACUGGAAGCCAUAUGCCACAUGCGACUGACGGGAGCUGAGAUAUUCGCGGUGCUCAAGGAACUCCGGGGCAGAUACCGCCGGGAGCUCAGCAAACUAAACGCCCUGGGCGGGAAGUACAAGUCCCGGCUCUGGUACUUUGACAAGAUGCACUUCCUCAGAGGUGUGAUUGAAAACAAAAGAGCCGAAAGGGAAGCCAAGGUCUCCAAUGAGUGCAAUGAGAGCGAAAAGUCCUGCGAAACGGACGCCGAUUCGUGCAGCAAGUCAGCUCUCUACCGAGAAGUACUCAGCUUUAUCCUCGACGCCUUCAAGCGUAUGGAGUGCCUGUGGAACCCCCAGCACUACGACUACUCCAGUUGCUGCAAGAAGGAGCUCUAUCGGGACAUAUCCACCCAGCUGCAGGAGGAUCUCAACUAUGAGCUUAGCGGCGAGGAGUGCUACAAGGAGAUCCAGAAGCUGAGGACCCGCUACCGCAAGGAACUGCGUAUGGUCAUCAAGCACAAGGGCCUGUACCUGCCCAAGCUAUGGUGCUACGAUGAAAUGGAGUUCCUGCAACCCAUUUUGCAGGAGCAAAUCUUCCACAAGAUCAACAAGAAAGUGGGUGUGGUGGAGACCAAGCAGAAGACCAAGUUCAUCGACGCCAGCUCCAUCCAGUUCGCCACUGCAGAGGAUCAGCUGCAGUUCGUGGAGAUCUACCGGAACUACGCGGCUCUCUGGGAUGUAGAUCAUCCCGACUAUCGUUCCAAUGCCUACCGAAAUCAGGCCCUGGGCCAAAUGCUGGAAGAGAUUAACACCACCUUUGCUUCAGGCUACACCACCGAGCAGCUGGAGAAGACCCUGUUCGACUUGCGGAAGGACUUCUCGGCACAAAAACGCAAGAUACUCACCGAACCCAGCGACACCAUCAGUAUUCCCCUUCUGCACGCCAAGUUGGCGGAGUUUUUGGAGCAGAAUGUCGGACCCUUCCGCUGCGAUGUGUGCUCGGAGCUGGUCAAGACCUGUGACCAGUACAAGGUGCACCGAUCCGGGCACGAUGGCACCCAGCCGUUCAUCUGCACCCUCUGCGGGAAGGGCUUCCAAAUGCCCUGUAACCUGACAGUGCACAUACGUCGCCACAGAAGGGACUUCCCCUACGCCUGUGAGCAGUGCGAUAAGCGCUUCGCCACCUCCACCGAGGUGGCCAUCCACCUGCGCACCCACACCGGCGAACGGCCCUACAUCUGCGACCUGUGCGGGAAAUCCUUCAAAACUUGGUCAUUCUUCGACAUCCACCGACGCCGACACCUCAACCAGUCGACCUUCCACUGCCCGAUCUGUGCCAAGGGCUUCUACGAGAAGAACCGCUUCACGGAUCACAUGAACAGUCACUGGGCGAUCCGCAAGCACCUGUGCACGGUGUGCGGCAAGGCGUUCACCACCUACGGCAACCUGAAGAAGCACACGGAGCUGCACCUGGCGGUGAAGAAGUACAAGUGCAGCGCCUGUGGCCGGCGGUUCGCCCAGUUCGCCAGCCUGCGUUGGCACAAGAAGAAGGAGCACUCCGCCGAGACGAGUGCAGAAACGGAGGAGAAGUAGACCUCCCACUCAAGGCACUCUACUCUGUUUACACUGCAAUCGUAGAGGUUUAAGUUUUUUCAUCGCGUACUUAACGUUAUCAGUAGUACCUAUAGCAUAUCGUCGAUCUAGCACUAAGUAAUCUAUUUAUUUAGACUCUAAGUGGAACUGAUAGAUGGCCAGAGGGCCAAGAAAGUGAAACCAAAAAUGUAUUGUUUCUCGAAUCUGACCAAGAGCUGGUUGCAACCAGAUUACGCUGGACUUUUAUUCGCCAGAGUCGUAAAUCUUCCAUCCAUCCAAUCAUCGUUAAUGUAUAUAUCCUCCGAUUGGCUAAUUUCUCGAACGUUUAUUGACUUCAAUUCCAGUCCCAGGCUGAUGAAAGUGCAAGUGACAAAUGAACCAGAGAACCCAUCGCCAAGAACCCAACGCCCUUCUCCUCAAUUCGAUUUCAUUAAAUUGUUGCAACAGAAAAAAUUACGAGUACCAGCCGGAAAAUGAAAAUUAAUUGCACCCAAUGAAUCGUCGAGCAAGCCGAGCAUAUAUCUAGACUCCAGAGCCAAAUGCAUUGAACUGUAACGCAGUAAUUAUCCAAAGGCAUUGCUAAAUAAAAUCGAAAGCUAAUCAACUGUCGAGGGGGCGUUGGAGGAGCUCCACAAAUUAAAAACAAUAUAUCACCAAAGAUAAAUAGGGCUGGGCUCCAAAGCGCGAUUUAUAUUCUUUAAAUAUUACCGCCAUAAAUAUUUAUUGUUUCGAGUAAUAGGCUUUGGAAGUCGGCACGAGUUAGAAGUUUUUUUUUUUAUUUUUUAUUUAAUGUUUAUGACUCUUUAUGUGGCAAUAAAAAUACUUUAAAGUGAAAUGUUGCUCUUGAAAUACUUAUUUUUUAUAUUUAUAUUAUUUACCUAUAAGUGUCGUAGGUUUAUUUUAGUUUUUGGCAAAUCUUUCAACUCCUUUUGGCUCUUGGGACGAAUCAGCAUCUGUACGGACUUCAGGGAACGGAAACUAUA